GAUUCCCAACAGGGUUCCAACUUCUCCCCUUCCCAUUGUUUUUUCCCACGGCUCGUAUUCGGGUCAAUUUAUGCGUACUUCAACUAAUCUUUUUUUUAGUUUGAUCAACGAAAAGUCGUUCACGCCAGGACUAUGAAAUUUUCAAAAAAUUUAAUUUUUACGACCUGACCUUAAAAAUUGAAUCCCUAUUAAAAGUGUGAAAAACAAACCCACCAACAGAACUAGGAAGCUUUGACUGGGUCUUCCCCCUUCUUCUUCCCCAUUGUCACUUCUUUGCCCAUUCCCCAUUUUUAUAAACCUCUACCUCCCAGGCUCCCACCAACAUUCCAAAACACCAAACCAAAAAAAAAAAGAAAAUAUGAGAACCAAACACAGCCUCCCUCUCUCUCUACUCCCCCUCCUCCUGUUCCUCCUCUCCCACUCCCCCACUUCCCAAGCCCAAGAACAACUCCCGGACGGCACCACCGGCUACACCUGCCCCGCCAACGAGUCCACCUACCCCUGCCAGGCCUACGCGUUCUACCGAGCCUCCGCCCCUAACUUCCUCGACCUCGGCUCCAUCGGAGACCUCUUCCAAGUCAGCCGCGUCCAGAUCUCAAACCCCAGCAACAUUACCUACCCGAACACCACCCUCGUGCCCGACCAGCCCCUCUUAGUCCCCUUGACCUGCUCCUGCAAUUCCGUCACCGGCAACUUGACCGCCACUUCCCUUCCCAAUACCAGUUCCAUUUCCUACGCCAACAUCAGCUACAUCAUCAAGGGCGGGGACACUUUCUACCAACUGUCCGCUUUCUCCUUCCGGAACCUCACCACUUACCAGUCCGUCGAGGUCGUUAACCCGACCCUCGUCGCGACCAAUCUCUCCAUCGGGGUCACUACUAUUUUCCCGGUCUUCUGCAAGUGCCCGAACAGGACCCAGUUGGGAAACCAGGCCAAUUACCUCAUCAGCUACGUUAUCCAGCCCGAGGAUAACGUAACCUCGGUCGCUUCGCUCUUCGGGUCGACUGCCGAGUCUAUUACCGAGGUUAACGGCGGUGUUUUUGACCCUUUUACCACCAUCUUUAUCCCCGUUUCAAGGCUUCCUGUUUUAACACAGCCUAGUGUUACUCCAUCAACUUCAAUUGGGAGGAAGGAGGAUAAGGGGAAGGUUAUAGGGUUGGGAAUUGGGUUGGGGAUUUGUGGGGCUUUGUUGGGCUUGGUGGUUGGGUUGUGGGUUUACAGGGAGAAGAAGUGGAAGAAGAGGGAGUUGGGAAGGAAGAGGGAUGAAGAGGGAAAGGGAGGGAAGGUUAAGGGGGCGUUUGGGAAAGGGGUGGAUCUGAACUUGUUGGUGUCUGAUGUUUCGGAUUGCUUGGAUAAGUAUAGAGUAUAUGGGAUUGAGGAGUUGAGGGAAGCAACUGAUGGGUUUGAUAAGAACUGGUUGAUUCAUGGGUCUGUGUAUAAAGGGUAUAUUGGUGGUGGGCUACAUGCCAUCAAGAGGAUGAAGUGGAAUGCUUGUGAAGAACUGAAGAUCUUGCAGAAGGUUAACCACGGCAACUUGGUGAAGCUAGAAGGGUUCUGCAUAGAUCCUGAAGAUGGAAACUGCUAUCUAGUUUAUGAAUACGUUGAAAAUGGAUCUCUUUCCUCGUGGCUCCACGAUAAAAAGACCGAUAAGUUGAGUUGGAAAGCAAGGCUAAGAAUUGGCAUUGAUGUAGCCAACGGUCUCCAAUACAUCCACGAACACACUAGGCCGCGAGUGGUGCACAAAGACAUCAAGAGCAGCAAUAUCCUCUUAGAUUCAACCAUGAGAGCCAAAAUAGCCAAUUUCGGGCUAGCAAAAUCCGGUCACAACGCCAUAACAAUGCACAUCGUUGGAACUCAAGGCUAUCUGGCCCCUGAGUACUUAUCCGAUGGAGUGGUUUCGACCAAAAUGGAUGUGUUCUCCUUCGGUGUGGUUUUGCUCGAGCUUAUUUCGGGGAGGGAAGCCAUCGAUAAAGACGGGAAGCUCCUGUGGAAGGCCGUCGACGGAAUUUUGGAGGGGAAUGAGGAGACGAAGGAGAAGAGAGUGAAGGAUUUUAUGGAUGGUGCUAUUCUCGGAGAGGCUUCCUCAAUGGAGAGUGUUCUGAAUGUAUUGGCUGUUGCUAUUUCUUGUCUGCAUAGAGAUCCUUCCAAGAGGCCCGGCAUGGUGGAUAUCGUUUACGCCUUGUGCAAGAGCGAUGAAUUUGUUUUCGAUGUCUCCGAGGAAGGGUUGUCUCCGAGUCAAGUAGCAGCAAGAUAAGUUUUUCGCUACGGUUAGAAAGGGCAUUUUCGCCUAUAACAACCUCUCCUGAUGUCUCGGAGGAUGGUUUUAUCUUCGCGUCAACUAUUAGCCGGGUGAGUUUAGUCACGGCAAGUAAGGGCGUUUCGGUCUGUAUACUAGCUCUCCGCGAUACUGUUGUGAGCAAGAGCAUUGUGCAGUGAGUAGGUACUCCCAUGGUUUGUGAAUCAUGUGUGUAAUAACAUGGGGAGCCAAAGCAAAAUAAGUGAAUAGGCUGUCUAAAAACUACCAAAUUUUGGAAUUGCUUGUCACGUUAUUUGUCUUAAUGAAAUAAGUGGUUUACAAUCA